AUGAACUUGGUAGUCAAUAAAGGCAGAAAGAAGAGAAGUGUGGAGGCUCGGCCUAGGAUUAAGUGGAAAAACUUACCUCUGGCUAGUGCUUUAGAGAUGGAGGAGAAGUUGAGGAGCAAAGGGGCUUGGGAGAGUAGAGAGGAUGUGGAUAGUAUAUGGGAGACGACUGCCAAUUGCAUUAGGGAGACCGCUAGAGAGGUGUUAGGUCGUUCGACUACUUUGGCCAUUCACCUUGUGAGGAGAUUAGUGAAACAGUUUCGGGAGAGGAAGAAAAACUUGAAUAUUGUGUUUAUUAAUCUCGAGAAGGCAUAUGAUAGAGUUCUCAUUGAGAUUUUGUGGAGCUUUUUGGAGGCUAGAGGGGUGCCUGUGGCAUAUACUAGAUUGAUUCAGGACAUGUAUGAUGGCACGAAGACUCGGGUGAGGACGGAGGCUGAUGUGGUUGUGAAGUUGGACUCUCAGGCCAUCCAGAAGAGGGAGAUUUUCAAGUAUCUAGGGUCUAUGAUUCAGGGCAAUGAUGAGAUUGAAGAGGAUGUGAUGCAUCGUAUUGGGGUAGGGUAG